AGGUUGUGGUCCUCCAGCGGCUCGGUUCGGAAUUAUGUCUGCCUCGGAGGCAGCGAACGGUUCUUCCUCGGGUUUAUGCCCGAGCUUCGCUGUGAUCUGCUCGUUCCUGGAGCGCUAUGGGGCUCUGUUGGAUCUGCCGGAGGUGUCGUUCCCGAUGCUGGAGCGCGGUCUGCAGGAGAGCAGCGCGGUUCCUAAACUCCUUGUGGACCUUCACGUGAAGUUACUGAGGAAAAUUGGCAAGUCUGUGACUACAGAUAGAUGGGAGAAGAAUCUCAUUAAGAUCUGUCAGGAGUUUAACACCACAUGGGCAUGGGAACUGGAAAAGAAGGGUUAUCGGGAGAUGACAGUGGAGUGCAAGACAGGCAUAUUGAAGUACUUGUGUGAAUGCCAGUUUGAUGAAAACGUGAAGUUUAAGACUGCCAUCAAUGAAGAGGACCCAGAUAAAAUGCGUCUCCAGCCUAUUGGCAGAGACAAAGAUGGCCUUAUGUACUGGUUCCAACUGGACCAAGACCAAAAUGUGAGGGUCUAUGUGGAAGAACAAGAUGAUCUGGAUGGGUCAUCCUGGAAGUGUGUAGUAAGAAAUAGAGAGGACCUGGCUCAGAUCCUCGGGCUGUUGAAGACUCAUAUCGAUCCAGCACUCUUGGUGAAGAAGGAUCAAGAAGAGGUCACAUCUAGUAACAGUCCACGCCCAGACGGUGAGGAGAACAAGAAAAAAGAGGGAGCUGAAGAAGAAAUCAAAGCUGAGAAGUCAUCUGUUUCGUCCAUAUCUGAUAAUAAGGACACCACAGAUGCUUUGCCAACACAAAAGGACACUAAGGUGGAGGAAGAGCUGCAAAAACAAUCAGAGACACCAAACGGCACUGCUGUUGUUAUCAGACCAAUCAAAGAAGAGCCACAGAAUGAGGAGGAAAAAGGCAAAGACCCAUCAACACCCUCACAGAAUGCUGAACAGACAGAGGAGAUUAAGAGAAAAACUGCAGAAGAGACUCAGAGAGCCUUAAAAAUUGACCAUCAAGCUAAAAUCCCCCUGAAAAAGCGAGAGAUGAAACUAGAUGAAGACUUUGACAGCAGUAGUGUGAGUGGCACCAUCAUGGUACGAAAUGCACCUGUUGCUCCAGUGAAAGAAUCACAGACAUUUUAUGAUGACAGCAGAUUAAGUGCUGAUAAGAUAAACGGCCAUGUUACACAUCCUAAAAAAAUGGAGAGUGAACCACAGAAAGGGUCUAAAUGUUUUCGAAGAGAAACAACAGAGAAUGAUUUGGAAAAUCUGUCUUGUGUGUCAGAGGAAUCCAAAGAGGGAAAAAAAGAGGGCAAGGCAGAUCAAACUGAGGAGAUGAACAGGAAUGACAACAGAUCAACUGCUGAAGAACAGAUGGAAGUGGACAAGCCUGGGGAAUCCUGUGCAGCAGAAGAGAACAAUGAAAAAUUAGAAGCUUCUAAACUUCACAAGAAGACCCAGGUACAACAACAGUCCUCAACAGUCAUCACGCACUCAGAAAAUAAACCUGGUCCUGAAGUUGAAACCGAAAAUAAAAAAGCUCACGAUAGUAAAAGUAUGGAUGUUAAAGAACUCAACACAACAACACCACCUGAACGGCUAAAGAAAGAUUCCCCAAAAGAAAAGUCGGACAAAGAUCUCACACGAGGUGAGUCAAAGACAGAACUCCUACAAGAAGCGUCAAAGAAAGAUCUCCCAAGUGAGGAGUCAAAGAAAGAUCUCCCAAGUGAGGAGUCAAAGAAAGAUCACCCAAGUGAGGAGUCAAAGAAAGAUCACCCAAGUGAAGGGUCAAAGAAAGAUCUCCCAAGUGAGGAGUCAAAGAAAGAUCACCCAAGUGAAGGGUCAAAGAAAGAUCUCCCAGAAGAAAAUAAAAAAUCUCCCAAAGACUCCAAUAAAGCCCAUGAAAAAAAAGAUCCACCACAACCAACGACAAAUACUUCCAAAGAGACUGAAAAAUGUCCCACUGCGGUGGAGUCAGAACUGAUCCAACCCUCUAAAAUGGAGGAGUCCUCUACCCAUGAAACAAUCAAACCACAUUCAGACACUGAAAAGUCUCGGAACGCAUCCAGAUGUCCAGAAGAAACUAAACCUCAUCACAGCUCUGCAAACAAAACCACAGAAAAAAAGCUUGAUCGUACAGACCCUGAAACAGUUGCCAUUGGUUUGAAAGCUGCAAUACAGUCUAUGCCUAAAAGAGACAAACUCUCAACCAACAAAGCUGCUGCCUCUAAAUCUUCUGAAGAUACAGAAAAAGCAAAGUCCUCCAUCCAUGAACAUGAGCGGUCCACCUCCCCGAAAUUGGCUCCUGGGAAGCUUGAUGGUUCUUCUUUUUCUGAUUCAACCAGUAAGGUAAAUACACCAAAAACAAUAGAGAAAUCAGAUUGUGAAGAAUCAUCUGAUACAUCUAAAAUGGAUAAAAAAGAGAAUUCUGAAACUACUAAAGAUGAAUAUGAGAAAAUGGACAGCAAUGAAGAAGCAAAAAGCUCUAAAAAAUCAAAUGCAAUAUCUGUUACUAAAGAAUCAGUCAAAGAAGUUCAAGCUACAGAACAAACCAAUGAAUCCAACAUUUCUGAGAAACCUGUCAAGGAUCCAGAUUCAGAGGAUGGGAACAAGGAUAAGCCAAUGGAAGUUGAUUCAGAGACCACUAAAGCUGAUGAAAUUCAGUCAGUCGUUGAGGAGGGAUGCAGGACUAGAAAAGAAGACAAAAACAAAUCAGAUGUUUCUCCAGAUCAAGACACAGUCUCAAACAAAAUAUGUAAGACAGACACAACUUAUGAGGAAGGCAAGGCUUCCAGAAAAGAGUCAAAAAAAUGUGAUGUUCAGAAAGAGAGUGAUGCAACUGAAACCAGAAGUCCAAAAAGGCUUUCUAAGGACAAGGUUAAGACAGAAGAGAAACAAGAAGAAAAGAAAAAUGUGGAAAGCCUACGUCUUAAAAUCAAGAUCCCAGCUCACAGACGGAAGGCAAAGCUCCUGAAAGAGGAGGCCAAGGGAGACUCUGAGUCAGAGACGACUGAAGGCAGAUGCUUGAGGAGAUCUCCCAGAAUCUGCAGACCCACCGCAAAAGUGGUGGAGAUCCAGGACAGGAGGGUAGAGCGGAAGCAGACAACUCCAGUGAUGGAGAAGGAAAACGAGGAAAAUGAGGAGGAAAAAGAGGAAGAAAAAGAGGAGGAGGAGGCUGUACAGAAGAAACCAAGGAAAACUGACUCGGAUGGCCAAACUAAACAAAGGGGAGGGAGACGUCGAAGACGGACACAGUGGUCUCGCAUGAGACGUAAAAAGAAAGGUUCUGAUGAUGAUUAUGAAGAAAGUGAGAGUGAGGAAGAGGAGACUGAAGAGGAUGACAGUGAUGAAGACUACAAGGUGGUGAAGACCAGAAAGAAAAGGAGAAAUCGAGAGAGAAACAGCUCUGAUUCCUCUACAUCUUCAUCAGAUGGUGAACCCAAUGAUGACCCCUGCAAACACUGUGGCCUUCCCAAUCAACCAGAACUGAUACUCCUGUGUGAUUCCUGUGAUAGCGGAUACCACACUGCCUGUCUACGGCCUCCUCUCAUGAUCAUUCCAGAUGGGGAAUGGUUCUGCCCUCCCUGUCAGCAUAAGCAACUUUGCGACAGGCUGGAAGAACAGUUGCUGAACCUGGAUGCCGCACUGAAAAAGAAAGAACGUGCAGAACGAAGGAAAGAGCGACUUGUGUAUGUUGGCAUCAGCUUGGAGAACAUAAUUACUCCUUCUGUUGAAGUGGAGGAAGAAAAGGAAGAGGAGGUGGUAAAAGAAAAAAAAGAAGUAAAGAAGAGCAAAACUUGGGGACGGAGAUCAACAAGGGCAAAGAAAUACAUAAGCUACAGAUUUGAUGAGUUUGAUGAAGCCAUCGAAGAGGCAAUUGAGGAAGACAUCAAAGAGGCCGAGGGAGGAGGAGCAGGUCGGGGGAAGGACAUGGCAAACAUCACAGGCCACAGAGGAAAGGACAUGUCCACCAUCCUACAAGAGGAUGGGAAGGAGAACGGCCGGCCGCGACGACCUAACCUAAGUCAGAAACGGAAAAAGCACCGGCGUCUCAACGAUCUGGACAGCGACAGCACAGCAGAUGAGGAGGAGAGCGAGGACGAGUUCCGUCUGAGCAACAGUUCGGAGGAGGAGGAGUUUGUGGUUACUGAUAAUGAUGGAGAAAGCGAAGCAGAAGGUCCGUCUAAAGAUGACAGCGACUUUGGGAGUGAUGGUGACGACCCACGGACAAAACCCAAACGGAAGGCAAUUCGGAGUCGAAGCAGAAGACAACCGCCACGUAGGAGACGCAAACCCAGAGGAUACUCGGAUGAUGAGGAGCUGGAAACUGAUGAAGAGGAGGACGAGGAAGAGAUAGUGACGGAAGGUUCUAGUGAAUUCAGUGACAGCGAUCUGGAUGUCCGCUGUCGGCGGUCUCAUAGGAGCCGUAAGCAGCAGGUGAAUUACUGCGAAAGCUCCGAUUCCAACGGCUCGCAGGCCAGCACCAACAGAGACAAAAAGAAGAAGCGCAGACACCUUUCCAGCUCUGAGAGUGAAGUUACUUUCCAGUCUGCUGACUCUGAUGAAAAAGAGAGGAAGCCCAUGAAGAAAAGGGCGGACUCAUCCGAGGAAGAAUCCAGGAAGCAGCACAGACGUCUGUCUCUAAAACGGCGGAGAGAAUCUGAGGAAGACGACGAUGACGACGAUGAUGAUUCAGAUGAAUCUGAGGAAGAGGACCGGCCUGUCCGCAAGCGUGUGAACCGCAUUGAUUCUGACGAUGACAGUGAGAGUGAGGAGGUGGUGAAGAAGAGCCCAGGUGAGAAAGAGCAGGAAGAGACCAUUGCCAAAGGGCCCAGUCCCCUGGACUACAACUUGGUGGAGCUUCCUCCCACUAAUGGACAGAGACCAAUGAAGAGUUUGGAAGGUGUCAUUCCACGCCUUGGGGUGGGGCCUAAGAAUGCCAAUGCUCCAACAGCUGUAACUAUAGCGCCAAAUGGCAUAGAGAUGGCCCCGCAGGAAGAAGAUGAAGAUGACCUUUUGGGUGUUACAGACCUUGUGGAUUAUGUCUGCAACAGUGAACAGUUGUAGGACUUUUUUCUUUAUCUGUAAAACCAUUUUCUUUUCUUUUUUUCCUCCUCCCCUUCCUGCACUGUCAAAAUCCUCCAUAUAUGAUCAUGAUGUCUUCUGAAUCAUGAUAAACACACGGUCCCCAUUAUACAUGUCUGCAGAAGAAACCAGGGACAGAAUGCUGCAGUCCUGUUUGAAUCAUGGCCUCAGUGGCACGAUAAUAGCUGUAAAUAUUUUACUGAGCAAGGGAAGGAGAAACUACUAAGAGACUCUCUAAGAUAUUCCUUUUAAAGUAUCAUUUUCUUUGUGUUUGAUAAGAGGGAUCUCUCUCAAACAAACCAACCCUCUCUGGAAACAACCUUUAAAACCUCUUUUUACACUAAUAUCAUAGCAAUGCUCAUUUAAAGGUCACAAGUCGGAUGUUGAGUCAUUGAGUUUUUCUUAUUUGUUGGGUUUGUGUGAGAUGUGAUGAUCUUCACUGCUGUCAAUUUCACAUUUCAUAGAGAGAACCGAAAGUGGGUGGAGUCAAUGGGAAGCAGGUGGAUCUAGAGGCUGAAUGUGGGUGGGGUUAGUGUGGAGGGACCGUUGUGUAAAAUGAGACAAACCACAUUUCAGUGAAGUUCUGCACUAGAUAUUUGCAAAAAAGUGCAAAUCUCUUUAACAUUAUGUUCCACUCUGAGGCCAUUUUUAAACUCAUCUUUUGUAAUCUAAUUGGAGAGAAAGUUUAAUUUCUACCGAUCGGUUUCAAAGUGUCAUUUGGUGGAGAAAAGUUUUUGUUAAGUGAUGUCAUGAUAAGCUUUGUUUUGUUAUACAAUAUUUAUUACUGAAAUUGUCAUUUGUAACUGAAAUAAUUCCUUGGUCAGACAACUGCUUCUUUCAUUAGACCAAAAGAAAUGGAUUUCUAAAAUUCCUACAAAAUGUCUAAGAAAUGUCUAAUAGUAAAAAUUUGUCUCAUUUUCUGAUGCCAACAUUCAAAAAUCAUGUCAAAUUCAGUUAUGUUGAGUCUGAUUUCUGUAUUUCUUUUGUUGAUUUGUAUUAUUUUAACAUCUGUUUUGAUUAAGUUCAAACACUAUUCACUCUGGCAGCUUGUUAAUGCAUCAAAUGCCAAAUAUUUCACUUAAAGAUGAUUAUUUUCUAAGGACUCUUACCCACAACUAUGUGCCGUUUGAUUCUUUGAGAGAAUCUUUGCAUAAAGACAUUUAGUGCUCUAGUGCUGUUCCUCUCGUUUAUUUAGAGCAGAUAUUUAAUCAAAGGGAGUCUUAUUUUGCCAUCAGUCCUGCUUGUGUCUGUUCCACUGCUCUAUGCCUGUGUUUAAAUAUAUUAAUAUAACCAUUUUAAUAUUUAGCUUUUUUGAUACAUGCUAAUUAUGUUGACAUGAAUUGUUUAUUUUUUCAUCAAUUAUGAAGCAAUACAUUUUUCUUGGAAGACACACAAGAACAGAUUCUGAAUCCUCCAUUUUUAAGGACAGAAAUUCAUGUUGUUGGUGACAUUAAAAUUAUUUUAAACCUUCUGAGAGCAGCGUGAUGUUGAGAGCACCAGACUAGAGAGAGAGAGAGAGAGACCCUCUGCUACAGGCACAAUGAAAUCUUAGAACACAUUUGAAAAACAUGGUAUAAUCUUGCAUUAUCCUUGUGUGUAUAUCUGUAGUUUUUCUGUAACAUAUUAGAAGCAUUUUUAAAUCAUUUAAACAAUACAUAGCAGUCCUUUUACGAUUGCAACUGUUUAUAGUUUUUUUUUUUUUUUUUUUUUGGAGGUAUAUUUUGUACCCCUUCAAAGUGGGUUAGGGUUUGUCUAUCUGUCAUUUUCGUCAAUGCAUUUGGUUUUGUUUCUUUGAGGGUUUUCAGCCUCUAUGUCCCAUUUUCCACUGAUUGCUAAAACAUUUCCAAGAAUGAUCUGUUCUUGGAGGGGAAAGCAUUUGACCGGAUUUCCAACAAACAGUAUAAACGUUUUGGAUGUCAGCAUUGAUCAGCAAAAGCUAUGUAAAAAUGUCUUGUAAAAUAAUGUGUAUGUUUGGCAUGCACAUAUCUUUUAGUCAUUUUUUUUUUUUUAUCUUGCAGAAUUAUGACAUGGAGUUUGGAAAAUAUAUCCCUAAUUAUCUCAGAUGAGAAUUCGGAACCCCUUUACAAAGGGCAUUUCUAACAGUAUUGGGCCAAUGUAUAAUUAUUGUUAUAUUUUAAAAACAAAGGUACAGACAACAUUACAAGACACUAUAUAUUU